UUUUUUUUAGAAUCUUGGAUUGAAUUGAGUAGCGCUGCCACUAUGGCUGGUGUGAAGAGCCCUGAUCGCAUAACUCCCUUGCCCUUCUCAAAUGGUGAGGAAUAUUUGCGUUUGUUACGUGAGGCACAACGUGAAUCCAAUCACUCUAGCCGUGUUGUUUCUUUGGCUAGCUCUAGACGUGAUACACCUCAUGAUAGUCCAAAGUCGCCACCGAAUACUCCAAACACUGAACGUUGUCCUGACGAAGAGCUUAAAAAUGUCUACAUAAAUUAUUGGAGCAAAGAGGGUGAAACCCAAAAAGAUACUGAUUGGUUGGAUGAGUGGAGCAGUCGACCCGAUCAACAACCACCAAAAGAUUGGAAGUUUGAACAUCCACAGAAAAAGAAGAAGGGUCCUGGUUACUCCAUUCGACUUACACGUGUUGGAAAGAAUUCUCUCUUUUCACGAGAAAUUUUGUAUUCGCUUAUAGUGUCAAAUGUCUUGUCUUUGUUGUUGGGCGCUGGUCUAGGUUUGUGGCUAAGCAAGCGUGGUAUACUUUUGACUCGCGUCGUCAUUGACUGAACUUCUUUUUAAGUUUAUUUAAUAUUGUUUUUUACGAAAAUAUCAUCUUACAUUUUUAUCUUAAUACACUAAAUAUUAACAAUAAAGAUUUAAAUAUGUAUUUCUUGUAAGAGAAAAUCGAAAGCAA